UGUUUGUUAGCGGCAAAGGUAGUGAAUUUUGUAAGUCCCCGGCCUGGAUGUGGAGUUCGUGAAUCCUCGUUAUUGCUGGAAAGUGCUGCUGGCCUGAAGGAGUGGCCGUCUUUUUGACGAAUGAGCCGGAAGUUAUAGCCCAGGGCCAGCUGCUUCUGUUGUCGUGCUGCUCCUCACGUAGGCGCUUCAAUUUUCUUCCCACCCCAGCCGGAAACCUAUUUUAGCUCGAAAGUAGCAAAUCGGUCCGAGAUUUGAAUAUCCUAUUUUUCUUUGUAUUGGUGGGUUACGGCAUAUUUUUACGAUUCACCCCUGAAUAAUUUGCAGCACUGCAGAAUGUGUUCCGAAUGAUUGACUAAGGUCAAAAAUUUCCCUGUUUGUCUUCAAAAAUUGCCCCUAUAACUUCUCGCUCAAAAUUACGCCGGCUCACCAAAUGCAGGUUUUUCUUUGUAAAAGAGGGGAGAUCUGUGAAGCGGAGAUUGGAACAAAAAUUAGACGGAAAACUUGCGUCAAGGUCAAAUUUCUGCUAAAUCGACCAGACGCGCAGAUGUCUGGGCCUGAUGCAUGCACUGGGGGCUCCCGUAUUCAUUUCUGUUCGCACUUUGGAAGCGCACUGAAUGCAGGUGCUUCUUGACUCUCUGUGGUGGUACUAUCCAACACAAGACCGAAGAAAAUAAAGAUCAGCUGGACUCUGCCAACACUCUCAAGUGUGCUGCUGAAAAUGCAGUGCAACAAAAGAUGUCUCCUAGUCCAUGUGCUAGUCAAAAAAAGCUGCAACUUAAAAUGAACGAGUUAGUUAAAGAACAUCAGACCCUGCAGGAGAAGUAUCGGAGAAUUGUAGCCCGUGUUGAAGAUGACAAUAGAAGAAUCAGAAAAUGUGUUGAAGAUGCCAGGUUAUAUGGUAUUCAUAGUCUUUGUAAAGACAUCCUAGCAGUAGCUGAUCUCCUAGAAAAGACAACUCAGAGCGUAACCGAGGAGGACCUUGCUAACUCCAGCCCAACUUUGAAGAACUUCUAUAAAGGUGUAUGCUUGAUUGAUGAGAAGCUGUGCAAAAUAUUUUCUAAGCACGGAUUGGAGAAGAUGAAUUCCAUUGGCCUUGAAUACAACUCAGCUGAACAUGAAAUCAUGUUGCGUGUCCCAUCUGUGGAUGCAUUACCCGGUACAGUGGUAAAAAUAGUACAAGAAGGUUAUAAACUUCAUGGCAGGGUUCUACGGACUGCACAAGUUGGAUUGGCCAUUGAGGCCCAGCCACAUUUUAAGGCACAGUAGAACUGAAUUUUCUGACUGUCACAAUCUUGUGUAUGAUCUUAGAAUUAAUUCUAUGAAAAAUAUCCUUUUCAUUAUGAUGGUUAGCUAUAUCACGAAGAGCAUUGAAUUGCUGCUAAGAUUUGUCUAUGAAGGUGAGUGGGGUGCAGAAACAUAUGACGUCAUGUGUAUUUUCGCGUGUCCAAUCAAACCUAUUGAAGGUGAUAUGCCUAUUGUACUGAAAGCUUAAGGCAUGAUGGAGAUUUAGUUUGUCUAACACUGCCAGAGAACUUCAACUUGUCUCCGUCCAACUAAAUAAUAAAGGAACUUGCAAUGGAAGUGCCUCUGAUUCAGUCUGUAGUUGUGCCAUGAAAAGUUGUGGUCCGUACUAAGGUUGCAAAUUCUUUUAGUUGUUACAGUUUGCCACAGUGCUUUUUUUUUCUAAAAAAAAAGGUGUGAAAUGUCUUGAAUUCCUAUUCCUGGCUAUGUCUUUAUCCCCUUGUGUGAAUUGAUGGAUUGGAAUCAACAAACAGUAGGAUAAUUUCACAAUUGCCAAUAUAUCAAGGCUUAUAACAGCACUACAAUUGGAAACCUACUGUAGAAUUACUUGGAACUGAGCCUUAAGGCUGCAGGGGUGGGAAGAACAAAAUCUAGAAAGGACACUGAAAUUUUACCAAGAUUAAAUGCUUUUAUGUAAUGGCCUUCCAAAACACUUAGUUAAGAUUAGAUUGUUGCUUUGAAAUUUUUGUAAUAUGGAGGCUUUUUCUCAUCAAAACAUUGAGUUAUACAAGAUUGAAUUGUAUUCAGUUCCACCGUGCAAGAUUGUUUAAUCUCUUAACGUUUUGUGCCCUUGAUUUUAACUGGAAACAGUUUUAGCGAAGAGCUGGUGAAAUGAUCACUGUAUAUAGAAUCCAAGCCUUAGACUGAGCUGGCUAAUCUUCAUUUGUUUCUGAAAUUAUUUUGUACAAGUCUAUGUUAAAACUGUUCAGUGAACAAUAGUAUGUUAUUUAUUACAGUGUAAAACUGUAAAUUUAUUUAUAACAUACCAUGAUGAACAAAUUUUAUUUUUUGUAAUUGUUAGUGCAAGUAUGUUAGUGAAAAUUGUAAUAUAUUUGUUUCUGUAUUCUUGUGCUUUGAACUAAAAAUGUAUGUCAAGUGCCCAAAGUCAUUUUUAUAUAUUGUCAAUAAGUACACUCUUUAAUAAACGAGCUGAAAAGCUUUUUUUUAACCAAAAAAAUUUAGAACCCUGCCUAUUUUAUGAUACCAGGCUUCUACUUACAACUUCUAUUUUUAAUAUCUAACUCACUGACCAAACUGGUAUUUCUUGUACCUAGGUGAAAGAUUUUGAGUAAAAUUUGCUUCUAAUUUAGUGUAAUACACUUUCAAUGAAAAGAACCACCUUUUUGACUACAUUCCAGUUAGCUAUUGGCAUUUGAUGAAACCAACCCCUCUGUUAGAUCGAUCUUGAUCGUGAAAAGUUUUGAAUUACACAUUUUGUUGUAUAAUCAAAUUUUUAAUAACUUAGGCCUUAAUAACUUGGGAUUUUGGAAGGCUUUUAAAUAGUCUAUUAUUGCUAGAUCAACUAAUUGUUGAAGUCAAUUGUUAUACCCUCAAAACAUUCUCAACCUUUUUUAAAGGGCUAAAGUUGUCGUGGAUGUGAAUGAUCCCAGUUAAUGAAACUGGCUAAGUGAACUGAAUGAUCCCACAUGCAUUUUUAUCGUGUACAGAUUUUCUGAUCUGACCCAUGUGACGUUAUAAACUUCACAACACAGUCUGAGAUUUGUGCUGGAAUGUGGGGAAACAUAACAUGGGUCCAGACACAGACUGCUUAGAAGUCCAUUGCCAGUUCCUAAGUGCAGUAAGAAUUUAAAAGUGCUUUUCACCCCCUCACCCGUUCCAUAUGUGCCCCCAUGUACCCUUAUGGCCAUGUAUUAAUAAAAUAUAUUUUUCCACACCUUCAA